GUGCACUUCGCAUUUUCUUUUCGUUUGGUUACAGAGGUUACUUUACUUAAUGGUUUAAUAUGCGCAGGUAGUGCGCGAAUUGGUUUUGAGCAUUUGAUAACAACGCUGCAAACAAUUUUCUAGAGAGAAAAAUGCUUAAAUAAAAAUGUUGUUAUUGUAUUGUCCCUAAAUAAUCUGCAGUUGGAUUGGUUCUGCUUGGGAUCAAUAUUUCUCAUCCUUAUGCAGCAAGGCUUUAAUUCCGACUUAACACCAUGAGCCUCGUCAAAAAUAUGAACACCAUUACGGAUCCAUCGGCUGUCCGUAGUUGUGGGAGUUCGUUGAACGGAUCCCUGCACAGCUUGUCCAUCGACUCUGUGUCAGAUAAUAUGGAGGCAGAUGAAAAUUCGGCUAACAGUACGAUGACAUCCCGUGAACGGACCAUGGAAGAGAUGCGAAAUUUGAUUCUGAUGAUCGAAGUUACUACGGAUAGUCUCAAAUCCUUGAAUAACAAGUUUGGAUCACUGAGAUCACCUCCCGAAUUAUAUCUGAAGGAAUACGCUGAAUUGAAUUCCAAGCUUAGUGGAUAUCAGGAGAGGCUGAUAUCGAUACAGAGAAACGACCCGUCCUUAGCGGGAGCUUUCCGUAACAGGAAUGCCAGCUCAGGCGCUACUCCUCCCCUGCCACCACGCAGCAGCCAUGCCCCUGCUGGACCAUCGAGUGCCAGUACUUUUCCUGUUGUCAACCACUCGACGGACAGUCUGCCGGGAGUGGAAAGCAGUAGUGGUGUGCACGACGUCCAACUCAGCGAGUUCGUCAACUGCCAACCUUCCCUACACACUCCGUCGAGUAGCGCUUCCGUACCCGCUCCGCCCAUCCCACCAAAGCCGGCUAACGGUAAAGGCCGGAUCAUCCACGCCGAGUUACCGGGCUCUCAGAAAUCAACAGUGGAGGCCAUCAAAGGACGAAGUUGGGACACUUUCACUAGGAAGCUCGCGCAUCGCCAGUUGCGAAUCGACAACUGUCGGGUCUACAAGAUUGACCCAGCAACUAACCAGAAAAUUACUUUGAGUUGGGAUGACGAUGUUGGGAGCAUUGAUGUCGAUAAGAUCUUAAUCGAAGAAAUUCCCUUGAAGUUCCCUAGCCGGAAGACGCUUUCUCAUAAUCUCCAGCAAAAAACUUUCAUCACUGUCGUCCCCACAGUUUGUGAUUAUUGCAAGAAAAGGCUUUUUAACGGUUUUCGCUGUCAACGAUGUGACUAUAAAUUCCACCACCGCUGCGGUAAAUACCUUCCCGUUACCUGUGAGUUGCGUAUCGUGGAAAAGGAAUAUUUGGCUGGAUUCUUGGCCAGCAACCAACAGCAGAAUAUUUCUGCGGCGAAAGAAGAUACACAAGAAGCGCUGGAUUUGCGCAAGCGAUCCAGCUCGGCUCCAAAUGUUAAUGAUAUCGUUAACACGGUGUCCGGCAGUCUCCACCCUACACUGCCAAAGAAGCGUCUGAAGCCCCCUACUUCUCCAGUUUCACCUAGCUGGUCUGCAUCCUCCUUUGCGUCGCGCUAUAUUCCUUAUGCACCUUUUAAAGACGUCAUCAGCGCUGAAUUACAAGCUUGCCCCGAUAAUGGCGGAGGAGAGUCAACAGGAAGUAACUCACUGCGGGUUCCCACUCCCAAUAAUCAGCCAGGACCCUCGCCACAAGGCUCCCCAAUGGAAACAUACGGUGAUUCCCCAAAACAGUGGCUGACACCUGAAUCCACGGGAAAAUCGCGCGUGCAGAGGGAAAGCAUGGAGGAUUGGGAGAUUCCUGUGGAUGAAAUCAUGAUAGGGCCGCGUGUGGGCGCCGGGUCUUUUGGGACAGUUUAUCGUGGGUAUUGGUACGGACCGGUUGCCAUCAAGCGCCUAUUGGUUAUCGAUCCAACCCCGGAGCAGCUGCAGGCCUUCAAAAACGAAGUGGCCAUGCUGCGCAAAACCCGCCACAACAACGUGCUACUCUUCAUGGGAUGUGUAUCGAAAACUCAGGAAGGCAAAACCCGACCGCAGUUGGCCAUUGUUACCCAGUGGUGCGAGGGUAGCAGUCUGUAUAAAAAGAUUCAUGUGGAUGAGUAUCGGCUGGAAUUUAAGAAUUUAAUUGAUAUCGUUCGGCAAACGGCACAGGGCAUGGCUUACCUUCAUGCUAAAUCAAUCAUACACCGUGAUCUCAAGUCCAACAAUAUAUUUUUAAGUGAAGAAUGUAACGUGAAGAUUGGUGAUUUCGGUCUGGCUACGGUGAAAACGCGAUGGACGACGAGAUGGACUGCUCAACAACAAACUAGGCAGACCACCGGAUCUAUUUUGUGGAUGGCACCGGAAGUUAUUCGCAUGGACAAGGAUGAUUUGGUACCAUUUAGCACCAAAUCGGAUGUGUACUCUUUCGGUGUUGUACUCUAUGAGCUGUUGUGUGGGAAACUCCCGUACGAUGGUAUGAGCCGGGACCGCAUUUUAUAUUGUGUUGGCCGUGGAUACCUGAAACCGACUUUGGACGCACCAAUUUAUGAAGUCACACGUCCGCUGAGGUCAUUAUUUGAAACCUGUGUACGUUUUAAUCGCGAUGAGCGAUGGGAAUUUCCGAAAAUUCAUGAUCAGAUCCAGUCAUUAUUGGACAGUAUUCCAGUUAUUCGACGCAGUAAUUCUGAGCCAACACUGAAUCGUAAUCAAUGGCAGUCGGAAGAUUUUUCUCCCUACACUUGUCCUUCACCGAAAACUCCCAAUAUCAGCAAUGUUCAUAUGAUGAACGUUCCGUCAGCAUUCCCUUUCACUACUGGUACCACUGAACUGCGAUAAAACGCCUGUCAUAUUGCAUUGUAUUUUUGUUCUUGAUGUUAUUGCCCUUUGACUAAUCAUUAUUAAACAGCAGCUACCGUUUUGAAUGCUUUUUACGGUUUUAAAUACGGCAGUUUUUCCAGCAGUAGCUGAUAUUCAGCUCUGAUUACUAUCGAGCAAAAUUGAUGGUUAUUUGAGGUAACUGAUUUCUGGACUUGGACUGAUGUUACAUGUUAUACUCGCCAUCCGAUUGUUUUAAAUGUUUUAAGGAUUUUAAAUUCCAAGGUGUAUGUACUAUAUGAAUAAAUUUAAACCGAGUCGGCCCUAGUAGUUUCG